AUGGAACAGAGGAAGUGGGUGGCACUACAAGUGAUGGUGGUGGUGGUGGCGGCUUGUUGCAUGUGGAAAGGGUGCAAAGGUCUUAGUUUGUGUGACAUGAAUGAAGAGGGAUUGGAGGCGUGCAAGCCCUCAGUCACAGAGCCAAACCCAGUUGAUCCAUCCCCUGAAUGCUGCAAGGCUCUGGCUAGUGCUGACUUGAAAUGCCUUUGCUCUUACAAGAACUCUUCAGAGUUACCUUUUCUUGGAAUUGACCCAACUCUUGCCACUUCACUUCCUGCAAAGUGCAAUCUCACUCCUCCAGAUAAUUGCUAA